AUGCCACCAGAACAAAGAAUAUUUUGGAACUGCCAGGAUCAACCAAACAAGAAAAUUAAAAUUGCUGAUAAUUUACAAGCUAAAAGUGAAAGACUACUAAAGAAUCGUAAAUUAAGUAUUUCUCAAUAG